GCGUUGAUAUGCAGCCGCGUCUGCAAAAGUUUGUCCUUUGGAUGGACUCUUGGAAAAGUAGCUGGAGUUUUUCCGAAAGACAACAACCACAUCAGAUCCAGACGGGCUUAAACCGGGUGACUGGGAUCAAGCUUUUUCGGGAUAACUUUACGGCAUAUAUGCUUUCCUUGUUACCUCUCUCGCCUCGCUGCUCUUUUCUUGCCUGUAUCCCAUCCUCAGUCUGCAGAUCAGGGACUGCACGCAUCGUCCCACCAGAAACCACCGGUUAUUGGGAGCCACAGCAUAUCCGGAGCAAUCAACCUAAUGCAGAUCCGUCGACUCUAGUCUGGUACCGACCUGAUCGAGCCGGAACCGAUACCUUAUGAUCGUUCUGUAUACGACUCAUUGACGCUUUCCUCCCUCAAAACCAAGGAAUCACAUCCCGGCCGUCUUUCCGUCUCGUCAACGAUAUUCUCGUUAUUAAUUUCUUCUUUAUAGACUCUUCCCGAAGUAGACAUAUUUUCGGGCUCGAGUCCCCCGGAUCUUCGUUGUCGCAUAAAGCUCACAGCCCUGCGCCAUUUCUCCUGCUCAGCACAAGGAGCAAUAAUCUCUUAUUUGCAACAACUAAUCAAGCGAAAUUUUCUGUCGUGGAACAUCAAACCUCAUUUGGAGACUUACAAGGUGCCUUUUGUUCUUUGGACAUCUGGCCUUGUUGCAGCGAGACCGAAAAUAUUGGACAGCACAACACCAAUACCGCAGGCAUCGCCACUCGGCAAUCAAUAUACUGCCUGAUCCGGCCGUAUCAUGCGCCUUGUUGCCGCCGAAGAUCUCAACCUAUACUUCGCUGCUUGAUUUUCGCAGUCGUAGAGAUUGAGACCGGGAUCUGCUAGGGGGUUGCCAGCACAGAGCGCGCGGUGCAUUAUUGGAUCGACUUAUAUCAUCUCCUACCCAGUUGAGGGAAACACCAACGAGACUUGCAGGUGUUUCGCGGCUGGUCACAGCGGUGCGGUUUGGCCCCAAGGCACCGUGAUGAUGGCAGCAGUUCAGCAGGCAUUUGUUGUCACUGCGCCUGCAGCUCCUGCGCCGGUUCGGCCGAAGAGCCUGAACGGCACGGCUAAUGACCCCAGGAUGGAUCUUGAUGACAAGCCCCACCAGUUCACGCUGGAGAAUGGUGCUACAUUCGGCAGCGGUCUGCAGAGGGGUGAUACUCGCAUUGUCACAAUUAUCUACAGCCCAGGGCAAGAAAGGAUUCUGUCUGUCUUUGCAGAGGUAUUAGGGCAGCCCUGCAGGCUAGGUGCCAGUUUCUCAAAUGUCACUUUGGCAGAUCAAGGUGCCGUCGUGGGCAUCCUGGCUUCCGAUGCGGCGGUCGAUCUUGCUGGGCGGGACCGAAAUCUCGUCGUCGCCAUCAACGCACACUGCGUCAACCUGGGCAUGCCUCCAGACCCGUUUCUCUCGUCACAAUGCGACUAUGAGUUUCUCUACACAAAUACGCCCUUUUUCCGCCGAGACCUCGCUAGGUUCAUUUCAUUCACAUUAGGUCAGAUCAACCACCACGAAACGCUCAUGACCAAGCCCCGAACAUUUAUGAUCUCGACAACAUUUCCCGACGUACGCGCCGCGCUGCCGAAUAUCGACAUACUUACCGUUGGGGCCGACGCUGUAGAGCUAAGAGUAGACCUGCUGGAAGAGCCUCUGGCCGAAGGGGGACACGCCGCAGUUCCGAGCUUAAGCUACGUUGGCGAGCAGGUAAUGCUGUUGCGACAACGGACAGAGCUUCCAAUCAUCUUUACCACCAGAUGCACCAGAGAGAACGGUCGAUUUCCAAUGGAUAACCCCGACCUGUACUAUGAGUACCUAUACCGAGCAAUACAAUGGGGUGUCGAAUACAUCGAUGUAGAAGUCUGGCUGCCAGAGAGGAUCAGACAGCGAUUAUGGGAGAAACGAGGAAGCAGUCGCAUUAUGUCUGCGUUUCACGACUUUUCAGGUACUUUCAAGUGGCCCUCGUCUCAUGCUCAAGACAUCUUUUCCGAGUCGCGACGACUCGCAGACAUUGUCAAAAUGCAUGCCAUCAUCAACGACCACAACGAGAACUUUGAGUUGGAAUACUUCCGCGUCAAGGUGAAGUCGGAACAGCCUGGUGCCCCGCCUCUCUCCGCCGUCAACAUGGGGGAGGUAGGGCAGUUCUCCAGAACACUUAACCGGGUAUUUACCCCCAUAACACAUCCUCUCCUGCCCAUAAUAGCCGCGCCAGGGCAGAUGAGUGCCGCACAGAUCAACGCAGCCCUAGCUAUGGUUGGGCAACUUCCCAAGAAACACUUUUACGGCAUCAGUGGCCCAUCUUCGCGGGGUGCUACGCCCCAAGCCCCCUUCUACGAAAAGUGCUUCAACGAGCUGGGACUUCCACAUCACUUUUCUGUUGUCCAACGCCAGGCCCGUGGCAUUGGUGGUGUUGAUACGUGGUGCAACCAAAAGGACUUUGGUGGCGCCUAUCUCAACCCGGCAAUGUCUCAUCACGAUCUUAUUUCAAAAAGCCAUUUCUUCCAAUCUCUCAACAGCGGAUCGGGUCCAAUUCUGACCGAAGCAGCACUCCUCAUUGGAGUGGUCGACACUAUUGUUGUCAGGCCUGGCCCGGCUUCCCCUGCUUCGAUACCUUCGACGCCAAUACAAAGAUCGUCUCCCGCGCUAAAUGGAAAUGGGCAGGGCUUGUACCAACCACCAGCAAGUGGAUUGCCGGCCGGCACUGCCCUCGUUUUUGACAACGCUCUGUGGAGAGGCGUUCUAAGCACACUUACACGAGAUCUAGCACCAUCUGCGUAUUUUGGCUGUUCCGCUGUCGUUCUGGCAAGCUCAUCAGAAGACGCUGCUAGCGUUAUUUUUGCCUUGAAAGCUCUAAGAGUCGGCAAGGUAUUUACUGUAGGGUUCAAGACACCGCCUGCGCUUGCGACCGAUCUCGAAAUUGAGCCUUUUACAUCCCUUGAAAGUCUACAGCGAGCCCGCUCGCCGAGUAUGAACACUGCCGCCGGUUCUACGCUCAACCACAAGAUGGACCCAGGUCAUCAGCAGCAACAAUUACCACCAUUCGUCGUCGUCAGCGCUCUGAGUGCUGAGAAGGCUAGCAUAGUCGGCAUGGUUGUCCGCCUCUUUGGGUCUCAGGCUGGGAAGCCCUCUGUUCCUACCACCGCCAACGGGAUGAACGGGACCCCGGCUGCGCCGCAACGAAGAGUCUUCUUAGAUCUCUCGCAGCCGAGUGGACAAAGGAGAGGAGCGGAUCCUACAUUGAUCGCCGAGCAGAACGGGUUUGCCGCAUACGGAUUAGCAGACACGGCUGCUUUUGCGACCGUCGAAACGCUGCGGCUGUUGGUGGGCCAGAACGUGCCAUAUAGCUUUGUGAGACUGGCUAGCGGAAGGCCUUAUUGAUACCACUUUUCUUUGCACGGUGUGGUCAGGUCUUUUUUUUCUUGAAUUUAAUCAUGUUUUCUACCAGUCAAGGGAG